GUUCCUGACUAUUAGGUAGUGUAGCCGAGAAAGGUAAGAGGAGGUGGAGAUCACCAGUGGCGGCGGGGGUGUUGCAACUGCACAUCUUUCGUGGGACUCAUGGAGCGCUUGUGAAAGCAAUCUUAAUGGUCGCGUUGCAUCUGAUUAAGCCUACGAACCAAUCAUGUGGGUGAGUGUGAAAGUCAACUAGGAUCAGGGGUGAAUGAGGGGGAGGCGAUGACCGAGGGCAUUGCGAUGAAUGGCCUCGGCAAGCUAUCGCAGGUGUCGUCAGAUCACCGCGCAUCACUGAAGAUUGGGAGUUUGGUAAGGUGUACUCCUCAAGGAAACCAAACCCUGGGGAUCCCUCUAUUAAAUACCGGUCUCAUAGCAUUGUCCCAAAGGUACCCAUUGGGACACGAAAUGAUGUGAUUGUACCUGCAAAUCCGUACUUUAAAUCCUUCGGCCUAAUGAUCACCGAAUGGCGUCGCAGCGAUCCGCGAGACAAAUAAGAUGAUCUCCCCCACCCUUAAGUCUCAAUUCUUGGAGGCUUUUGAUAUUUCCAUUUCCAGAUCAAAGCAGGGAGAUUGGCCGCUCUCAGGUGACACCAGAUUCGUGUCCAACUGAAGCCUCACCUAACCAGUCCAUCCUUUACCCCGCAAUUUCCCUAACCUCAAUCGCGCGAUCCGCCACAACAAACAUCACUCCCAGGCUGAUUAUUGCAAAAUGCCUAUUCCAAUAGUGGAUUCUCAUAUCCAUCUUUUCCCGGAGUCUCACCUCCCAACACUCGCCUGGUAUGGCCCGGAAUCACCCCUAGGAUCCCAACACUCGGUCGAUGAGUAUCGCCUUGCGGCAUCUUCAAUCUCCACCACCGCAGAUACCACUGACCUGACAUAUCUGCGCGGUUUCAUAUUCCUCGAAACGGAUCGCAUCUCUUCCGUUGAGGGGGCUGGGAAUGGCUGGUCUCACGCUCUUGAUGAGGUCUCGCUGCUUACGAGAAUCAUCACCGGGGUUCCUGUCGCGGGUGAGGGUCACCGCGAUGAUGAUAGACAUCUCUGUCUGGGGUUUGUUCCCUGGGCACCUGUGCCCGGGGGAUCUGCUGCGCUGCAGAACUAUAUGGGCUUAGUGAGAGAACGUACUAAGACAGAUGACGUCUGGAAGAAGCUUCGGGGAGUGAGAUAUCUGUUCCAAGACAAGCCGAAGGGUGUCAUGUUACAAGAUGGCGUUGUUGAGGGGUUAAAGUGGCUUGGGAGAGAAAAGUUGGCGUUUGACCUGGGGGUGGAUGCGAGGCAGGGUGGGUUUUGGCAGUUGAGGGAGGCGGUCGAAAUGAUGAGGAGGGUCUAUGAAGGUGUGAAAGAAGAUGAGAAGGUUGUUAUAAUCAUCAAUCACCUCUGUAAGCCAAAUCUCCAGCUUCCCGAUGCAUCGCCCGCCUCAGUAACGGCACACCCCGAGUUUCUGGAAUGGUCAUCUCUGGUCACUGCCAUGGCACAAUAUCCCAACACGUACAUGAAGCUUUCGGGCGGCUUCUCUGAGCUACCACCAGUCUCUUCGGACGCCGUACCUGACAUUGCUUCUAUUGUGGAGAGGAUUCGCCCUUGGACUGAUGUGGUCUUUGAUACGUUUGGUGCCGAGCGAGUGAUGUUUGGGUCUGACUGGCCAGUCUGCAACGUAGGGGGAGGCGGUAAUAGAGCCACCUGGAGUCGUUGGAAGAGCAUAGUGGAAAGCAUAUUAGAGAAGAGGCAGUUGACCGACGAGCAGCAGAGGGGUAUAUGGGGUGGAGUAGCGGAGAAAGCAUACGGAAUCGAGAUAUGAUCUCAUAAGAACCUUUUAC